AAAGAUAGGUACAUAAGGCUUAACCUAAUCAAAUUUCCCGCGGAGCCGGAAUUUUUUUCUAUCGCAACAAUUUUAAAUUGGGUCCCAAAGCUUAGAGUUUUCAAGUUUUUUUUCUUUGGAAAAAUGUACGAUUUCCUGGUGUUUUUAUGGAUUUUCUGCAGUUUUUGUGUUCAAAAUGCAUUUUCCGCUUGCGAAUGCCUAGAUCGUAUAGUUUUACUGCAUAAUUUUGGAGAUUUUCGAUUGAUUUCCAGUCCGAAUUAUCCUGAAGCUUAUUGUACUGGAAUGGAUUGUCAUUGGCAUUUUGUGGCUCCAAAUGGUGCGCAAAAAGUACAUUUUAGCACGGAUAACCUGGAUAUUCGGAAAAACUUGGAUCAAAUUUUAUUUUACGAUUUCAAAACUUCUCAAUUACUGGAAAAUAGCACGGAAAGCUUCAGAUGUACCGGGGAUGAUCUCUGCUACUACACCAGCAAGUUUCAGUACCUCACAAUUCGUUUCAAGACCCAAAAAGACGGGGAAAUCGAUAAUUUUGGAUUUCAAGCAGUGGUAACGGUUAGGGAAACUUCCAACUCCGCCGCUUCAACUAAUUUUUUUUUCAAUUUUUUGUACUUUGCAAAUUUUAUGUAUUUAUUCAUUUAAAUAAUUGAACCAUGUUUUAAAAUAAUAAAAAUUAAUUCAA